AUGAAUAGUAAUAGCUCUUCCCUUGAAGAGCGUCCCAGACAUAUUCAUAGCAUGAGAGCAAUAAAACAACCUCAUCAGACCAAAGUACAGAAACUUAAGAUCCCCACGAAUUUCAACUUUCCUGAGAUUACCAUCUUCCGACAUCAAAUUAAUAUGGGAUGGUUUUCAUAUGCGGCCCCGAUUAUUCAAUUAAUUAGACCAAGUGCCAGCAGUAGUAAGCAUCACAAGUCCUUAGCCAUUUGGUCGGGAAUCUGGCUACCGGCUUUGUCCAUUUUUGGGACUUCGAAUAGUAAUAACAAUAGUGAGCAGAAAAGUUGCUGCAGUAGUCCUAGGAAGAAGUCUGCGAGUGGGAGAAACUAUUAUGAGGGUUGGAGAGCAGCUGUGAGGAGAGUGAUGAUGAAUGGUGGAUCAAUGAGGAGAAUAUUGGGGUUCACUAAAUCAGGGGUUUCCGUGUCGAACAGUAAUAUUUGGCUUUUGGGUAUUUGCUAUAAAAUUGGUCAAGAAGGAGAUGACUUGAAUUCUUCCUGUUCUGAUCCGACUCAGAGAGAGGAAUUUGCUGCGUUUGUUGAGGAUUUAUCAUCUCUGAUUUUGAUCACAUACCGAAAAGGAUUUUAUCCCAUUGGAGAUUCAAAGUACACUAGCGAUGUUCAUUGGGGUUGCAUGCUUCGGAGCAGCCAGAUGCUUGUUGCUCAGGCAUUUCUUUUUCAUAUAUUUGGAAGAUCGUGGAGGAAAUCUCUACAAAAGCCACUUGAUCAAAAUUACAUUGAAAUAUUGCAAAUUUUUGGGGAUUCUGAAGACUCACCUUUCUCCAUACACAAUCUUCUCCAAGCUGGAAAGGCUUAUGGCCUUGCUCCAGGAUCAUGGGUAGGUCCAUAUGCCAUGUGUCGCACCUGGGAAACUUUGGUGCGUAUUAAGCGGGAGGAGAAAGAAAAUGGAGGCUUGUCCUCGAUGAUGGCUAUAUAUGUGGUUUCUGGUGAUGAAGAUGGGGAACGAGGUGGAGCUCCUGUUCUUUGCAUUCAAGAUAUUUCUAGGCACUGUGAGUUUUCCGGAGGUGAAGUUGAUUGGACUCCUGUCCUCAUGUUGGUUCCAUUGGUUCUAGGACUGGACAAAGUUAACCCAAGGUAUCUUCCCUUACUGGCUGCUACGUUUACUUUUCCGCAGUGCCUUGGGAUAUUGGGUGGCAGACCUGGUGCUUCAACAUACAUAGUUGGAGUGCAAGAUGAAAAGGCAUUUUAUCUUGAUCCACAUGAUGUUCAGCAGGUUGUCGAUAUUAAGAGGGAUAGCAUAGAUGCUGACACUUCAUCCUAUCAUUGCAAUGUUGUACGACACAUCCCUUUGGAUUCGAUUGACCCAUCAUUGGCAAUUGGGUUUUAUUGCAGGGAUAAAAGUGAUUUUGGUGAUUUCUGUGUGCGUGCAUCGGAGUUAAUCGAUCAAUCAAAUGGCGCUCCAUUGUUUACAAUAACCGAGACCCGCAGUUCUCCAAAUCCAGCUGCUCAUCACGAGACUUUGAGCGAUAAUGCCACCGGAGAAUAUGAUUCUACUGAUAUGCUGCCCACUGAUGGAACCGAAGAUGGUGCACAAGAUGACUGGCAACUCCUCUGA